AUGGUGCUCUUCAAAAAGAAAUAUAGUGAUAUGUUCAUGGAACAUGAAACUGAUGAUAAAUUCGCUCCUAAGAUAGGGUUUAAUCACCAGACUGAAAUUCCAUUGAAUCUUUCUGAUUCAGAAGAAGACGUGUAUGAUACACCCGUCUCUUCUGCAAUUUGCUUUCCCGUCACAGCCUCGUGGAGUGAUGCUGAUGCAGAAUCUUUAGUACUUGCUUUGUUUCUCUUUGAUAAGAAUUUUACUCAAAUAAAUAAAUUCUUAGAGAACAAAGGGAUGGAGGAAAUUAUCUCAUUUUAUUAUGGAAGGUUUUACAAAACCGAUGGAUAUCGUAGAUGGUCCGAGUGCAGAAACUUGAAAGGGAGGAAAUGUAUCAUAUCCAAGAAACUUUCUACCAAAAUGAGGCAAAAUGACCUACUGUCUCGUUUGAUUCUUCAUGUCUCUAAAGAAUCCCGACAUACUUUGUUACAGGUUUCUAAGUCUUAUGUGGAAGGCAAAACUUGUCUUGAAGAAUACAUAUCUUCUAUCAGUUCUAUUGUUGGACUUGGCGUUUUUGCACAAGCACUAGGUAUUGGAAAGGAGAACGGUGUCCUUACUCGGUCUGAUUUGGAAACUACGAAGAACAGUUGUGGAGAGGUUUCAGCACCAGCUUGCAAAUCUUUGUCUUCUCUUGGACCGGAUGAUAUAAUACAAUCUUUGAUGGGAGGAAUUCAGCUGAGCAAAACCAGAAGUAAUGAACUAUUCUGGGAAGCUAUUUGGCCCCGCUUACUCGCAAGAGGUUGGCACUCUGAGCAAACAAAGAAUCAAGAUUAUCUGUUUUUUCUUACUCCCGGUGUUAAGAAGUUUUCGAGGAGAAAACAUGUGAAAGGGAAACAUUACUUUGAUUCUGUUAAGGAUGUCUUGAGCAAAGUAGUAGCUGAACCAAAUAUAAUUGUGCUUGAAGAAGAAGUUAAAGAAGGAGGAUCAAAUGAAGAUGAUUUCUCAGACGAUGAUGAUCAUCAUAAAUGUUACAUUAAAGAUCACACAAGUUUGGUGCAUGGCAGAAAGCCAUCUGAUUUAAGGGAAUUGAAAUAUGUUGGGAAUAGAGUGCAUACAGUUGAGGCAGAUGUUGAUGGUAAAAUAUAUAAAGGGCACAAAUAUACUAAGAGAGUACACCAUAGCAAGGAUAUGUAUGAAAGAAAACUAUUGAAGGUGAAAGAAAAUAGAUAUCCGCCCUUGGAAUUGGAAGAUGCUACAAUGACCAUAAAGCAUGAGUUGAAUUGGAGAGUAGGAUUAGGUGAUUCUAAUGAAGCAGCUGUUCCUACUAAAAGGAGGAGACUGACUGGUUGUGCCAAAGCAGAGAAUAGCCGCUUCAUUGAGAAUUCAUCAGGAGGUUUGAGAUCAGAUAAAGUAGGAUUCUCUCAGUCCUCUAGCUUUCUAGAUGCUAACCGAAAUGUUUGCGAUCCAGUUAGCCAUCAGCAGAAUGGAAGUUCAACAAUCCUGAGGUUCCAUCGAAGCAGUCACAAUGACAGUUUUCAAUGCAUGAGUGUUUCUUGUGUUUUCAGCAUACCUCAGGUUCCAUUGAAGUCUCAAAAUAGUAAAACGAUGGGAACGACGGAGGAAGGUGAGCAAGGCCUAAGAUCUGCUACUGAGGAAGUAAUUGAGGAGCCUUUGGAACUAAGAUCUGCUACUGAGGAAGAAAUUGAGGAGCCUUUGGAACAAUCAAGGAGGAGACAAAGCAGUAGAAACAGCAAAUUGUCUGUUAAAGCAAAUGAAUUCUGGCAUGCGCAAAAGAGGCAAAAGAAGAAUGACAUCAUUUUUAAUCCUUGCCGCAAGGCUCGGACAAGAGGCAAAACAAGGCCGCGUUGA